AGAUCAAAUGUUUUGCCUCUUGGUUUGUUACCACUUUGAGUUCUAUAAAUUAAGAAGAACUAUAUUUCUCUCUUUGCUUCAAAAUCUCCAAAACACUUUUUUCUUUCUUUCACUAACGCUACUUUAUCUCAUCUUUUUUGUUUCUCUCUCUCUGUCUCUCUCUAGAGAUGGAGGGUGUUAGGGUUUUUCUUGCUUGCGCUCUUCUUCUUUUUGCAAUAUCUUCAAUAGCUUCUGCAGCCAUUGUGGAACACACCUUCAACGUACAAAACUUAACGGUGUCUCGCCUGUGCAAGCGACAAGUGAUAACGGUAGUUAACGGAAGCCUGCCUGGACCGACGGUACGCGUCAAAGAGGGUGAUUCGCUCGUUAUACACGUCCUCAACAAUUCCCCUCACAACAUCACAAUUCAUUGGCACGGGAUAUUCCAGAGACUAACGGUUUGGGCAGAUGGACCGAGUAUGAUAACGCAGUGCCCAAUCCAGCCUGGCCAUAGCUAUGCAUACAGGUUCAACAUCACCGGCCAAGAAGGUACCUUGUGGUGGCACGCACACUCGUCUUUCCUACGCGCCACCGUAUACGGUGCUCUAAUCAUCCGCCCUAAAUCCGGUCAUUCUUACCCGUUUCCCAAACCGCACAAAGAAGUUCCCAUUUUAUUCGGUGAAUGGUGGAAUACUGAUGUAGUCGCACUAGAGGAGACCGCAAUCGCUACCGGAGUUCCUCCAAACAAUUCCGACGCUUAUACGAUCAAUGGCCUACCUGGAAACCUAUAUCCAUGUUCCAAUAACAGAAUGUUCAGCCUAAAAGUAGUGAAAGGGAAGAGCUACUUACUCCGCAUCAUAAACGCGGCAAUGAACGUACAGUUGUUUUUCAAGAUAGCCAAUCACAGACUGACAGUUGUCGCCGCCGACGCGGUCUACACCGAACCAUACGUCACUGACCUCAUCACCAUCGCACCAGGCCAAACCGUGGACGCGCUCCUCCACGCCGACCAGUCCAUAGGCUCCUCAUACUACAUGGCUGCUCAUCCUUACGCCAGCGCACCCGCCGUGCCAUUCCCCAACACCACCACCAGAGGCGUCAUCCACUACGCCGGCGGCGGCGGCGCGUCGAAAACACCGCCGUCGAAGCGCGUGUUGAUGCCUAAGCUGCCUUCCUUCUUCGACACGCCAACGGCUCACAGAUUCUACUCCAAUCUGACCAGCUUGGUCGGUGGACCUCACUGGGUCCCAGUGCCUCGCCACGUGGACGAAGAGAUGCUCGUAACCAUCGGGCUCGCGCUAGAGGCCUGCCCAGAUAACACCACGUGUCCGAAAUUCUCUUCUUCGAUGAACAAUCACUCCUUCGUCUUACCCAAAAAGCUAUCCAUCUUGGAAGCGGUUUACAACGGCGUCGACGGGAUUUUCACUAGCGAUUUUCCAAACCAGCCUCCGGUUAAGUUCGAUUACACGGAUCCUAACAUAACCCAGACAAACCCGGGGCUUUUGUUCGCUCCAAAAUCAACGAGCGCCAAGAUCUUGAAAUUCAAUACUACCGUGGAUUUGGUGCUGCAGAACCAUGCGCUUCUCGCGGCUGAGAACCAUCCUAUGCACCUCCAUGGAUUCAAUUUCCACGUUCUGGCUCAAGGGUUCGGUAAUUAUGACCCGACUCGUGACCGGACCAAGUAUAAUCUCGUUAACCCGCAAUUCCGUAACACACUGGCCGUGCCUGUUGGUGGAUGGGCCGUGACCCGUUUCACUGCCGAUAGCCCAGGUGCGUGGAUUAUGCAUUGUCAUAUCGAUGUUCACUUGCCAUUUGGAUUAGGGAUGGUGUUUGUGGUUCAGAACGGACCGACAAAGUCUACCACCUUGCCACCGCCACCGCCGGAUCUCCCGAAAUGUUAAACAAGAUACAAUGUUUUCUUGAAAAUAAUAAGAUUAUUUAGGGUAAAAAAGAACAAAAUUUGGCUCAAACUGAUUGCGUUUUGUUUUAUUUGUUUUAUUUGCCCUCUCACAUUUAUUUUGUUGUAGUCGAUAAUUCAAAAAAAAAAAAUUAAAUUGAAUUUGUAGUGCAUUCUUGA